GUGAAUUCAGUAUCGUGUCGCGUGCACUACGAAAAAGGUAUCGGUCGCUACUGUUAUUUGUAUAGUUCGCAUUUCGUAUGUAUUAUUUUCAAAAUAGUAUUUCAUCUUUUAUUUUAAUCUAAUAUUUUGUCGGAAACCUCCAAUCUAGUAACAUUUCAAUAACAGCUUUUAAAAUAAACACAAGGGUACCAAUUUGCAGCUGUGUUAAUACAUCAGAUAGGCUGUGCUUUAUAUAAUUUGAAUGAUGGCGCUUACUACGAAAUAAUUCAUUAACAGUUUCUUUAAUGUACAUAAAUCAGUUAUAAUUUAAGAUACUGCCAAGAGUAACACGUCGAUAAUGAAUAUAUAUUAUUGUUUGUACAGCGUUUUAAUCGUGUGGUUUCUAUUGACGUUGGAUACUACACAAGCAGAUUCUGGGACCUCUGUGAAAGGUAGAGUUGAUCACUGCAACAAAACUGUUGACAUCUACGAAGAUAUAACUAGUCCUGAAGUGACUCCAUUCAACAUUGGAAAACCACUUUAUUGUUCUUACCGAUUUCGUUCCUUUAAAGGAACACCAAAAGAUUACAUAUUAAGAAUUAGAUUUAAAAAAUUCAAGUUUGGUGUAUUGGUCAAUGGAACAUAUUGUCAAGGAGGAUUUAUGCAGAUCCUUGAUUAUUCUGGAAAAGGAAACAUAGCCGUUACUACAUCAAAAAAGGAUGGAUUGGGAUCGUUUUGUGGUGAAAUAGAACAACCUCAAACAUUUUUAUCAGAGACUAGUUCCGUGAGAGUUAUAUUUCAAACAGAUAAUUAUACAGAUCAGACGUAUUAUAGUUUUGACUCAAGAGCUGAACAAGAAACUCAAGUUUAUUUGAGAUAUGGACAACAUCCAGAACUUUACCCAAAUAGGAGAGGCAUACUAAGUCCAGGAACUUAUUGUGAUAGAACUUUCAAAGAGUGUCGUUUACAAACGUGUUACGUUCAAAGUCCAGCCUAUCCUGGGGUAUAUCCGAGAAAUUUGCGAUGUAAUUAUUGGCUAAACACAAAAAAUCCUUUUAUUAAAUUAUACAUACAAAACGAAGAGUUUAAUGUUGAUGGUCAAAGAUGCGAAAACAUAAUUACUUGUCCCAUGAGACCAAUAACAUCAGGAGCUGAAUAUUGUCCAUACGAUUACAUAAAAAUUUACGAUGGUCAAAAUGCAUCUAGUCCAGAAAUUGGAACAUUCUGUGGUAUGGGAAAAUUUCCUCACUCGAUUGUUGGUACAAGUGAAGAUUUAUUUGUAGAAUUUGUUACGUCUCCAGCUGGUCCACUUUUAAAUACUGGUUUCCAUUUUAAUGUUGGUAAUAUGCCGGGUCAUGUACAAACUGCAGGAAAAAAAAGUGGAGCUUGUGAUUGGAUUUUAUCCAGUGAGCAUUUAGUUGGAGGUCAUCAUACUGAGGGCAUCUUUAUGUCAAUUGCUCAUUGGUAUCCUCCACAUACUUCUUGCACGUAUCAUAUUAUAGGCCUUCCUCAACAAAUAGUACGAGUGUACUUUCCAAGUUUUCGAGUAAAUAGUAUUGAAAGUCCUGUUACAAGCGAUUGGAAUGGCGACUGUGGAGAAAGUUUAACCCUUUAUGAUGCAGCAGGGCCGGACGAUACUAAAAUUAUUAAGACAUUUUGCGAUACUUUUUCUAAACCAGCAGAAAAACAUGAUUUUGUUUCUACUGGAAAUUCAAUGUUCAUACGAUUUGAAAGCAAGACUGGAAGUUAUUCUGGUUCGUCACUGUAUUAUUGGGCUCAUUACGAUUUCUUCAACAAUACUAAAUUCGGAACUGCUGUACCAGAUACGGCUUGUGACGAAGAGUUUGUUAGCUGGAAACCCUCCUCUGGUUACUUGCGAUCUCCCGUAAACACUCUGGUAUACAAGCGUCAAGGAUCAUCUGUAGAUUUUGAUUCAAAAUCCCAUCCUAUCAUCUGUCGUUAUAGGUUUACAACAGAUACAAGACUUUACGCCCGAGUUGUACUCAGAAUCGAAUCAAUUCGAUUUAAGGCUCAUGCUUACAAAACACCACUAGAAAAAGAUAAUAAUUGUUGGUAUAGUGAACGGGACAAAUUAUUAGUGUGGGAACCGGAUGAUGGCGAUGAAGGUUUUAACCUUUCAACCAUAGGUCGACUCGCCUCGCAUAAAAAAGACGAUGGUUUGUGCUUGUAUGAAAACUUUAACAAAUCUUCAAUAUCUUCGAACACUCUAAAGCAAGGCAUUAAAUAUGUAUCGACCGGCAACACCCUAAAUGUUGAGCUGAGUGUAAAUGCAGAGUUUGCUGCUACUAGUUAUUUUAAAGAUGAGUCCCCUCUUUUUGAAGCAAGGUACGAAUUCGUUCAUGGCCCCCUAUGUGGUCCUUCUAUUAUUCAACCAGUCGAAGAAGGUCAGUUAAUAUUUCCUCGAUAUGAUGCGAUGGGAUUCAUGGAGCCACCAAAUAAUCUCGAAUGCAUUUGGGAAAUAAGAGUGCACGAUGAAAAAGACUUGUGGUUACACUUUGAUCAGGUGAAAUUUAUUGCAGAAGAAUGUGCAGAUGGAAGAUUAGAAAUAUACUUACCAUCUUUAUCACUAGAGAAACCGUUUAUGUCUGUUUGUGGCCACAAUGUCAGUAAGCUUUUAAAAAGUCAACCAAUCAUGUUGACAGCUAAAGACUUAGAAUCUGUAAAAGUCAGCCGGGGUGAUUCUGGGCAUAAUCGUUAUGUACAAAUACGAUUUUUCGGCAGUUCAUAUCCCCACAAAACCGAGUUCAAAAUAGUGUGGACUGAACUAGCCCAUAAAUCUCGUAAUAUCGACAGUGCCCUCGCAGCAACAGCGGCUAAUCUUCAAGAUUCCUGCUCGUUCUUUUGCCCUGAAGAUAAAAGUGUUUGUUUGCCAGACAGACUGGUUUGCAAUGGAGUGGUCAAUUGUCCUGGAUCGAUCUCAUAUAAUGACGAGUCUAAAGAAGUGUGCGACCAACGCAAUCUGAAGUUAUUUUUUCCAAUACACGUAACAUCAACGACGUUAUUAUUUGUCAUUACGUCUUCUUUAGUCAUUUUUUUCAUCGUAUUGUCUAUUGCUAUCAGCUGUCGAAGACGACGUUCUACCAUCAGAACUUUUGACUGAAGGAUACUGAAAAUACACUCAGAAGUGCAGUAUAUACUCAACUUAAGUAGAACUUUUCAGCGAGAAUAUUUUGCAGGACUUCAAAAAAACUUUGCACUUCGGUUUUAGACAAGAGGAAAUAUGAUCAUUAUAAAAACUAAAAAUUAUGCUCAUAACUUUUCAAUUUUGUUGAAAAAUAUAUGUUUUAUUAAGAAUUAACAAUGUAAAAUGUGAAUAUUUUUUUAAAUAUAUAAUUACACAUGAAAA